AUGGCUUCAUGGAUCUUCUCAGUAUUAAAUGAUCUAUUCCAGGCCGGGAGGGGGACGAAUACCACCUUCCUCACAGACCAACAUGUCCCCAGUACCGAUCUGACCGGCAAAUGGAUCAUUAUAACCGGAUCCAAUAACGGCGUUGGCUUCGAAGCAGCAAAAUUAUUUGCGUCAUGGGGCGCAAACCUCAUCCUCGCCUGUCGUGAGCCACCUGCAUGGGAACUGCAUCCAACAGCCGCUAUGAACCAAUGCAAAGAGCUCGCCCUUGCGUACGGCCAUUCGUCCACUAUUGAAUGGUGGCCAAUCGACAUGGCAGAUCUCAGCAGCGUCGAUGCUUUUUGUCAAAGAUGGCUGCAAUGCGAUCGCGCUUUGGAUAUCCUGUGCAACAACGCCGGGAUUGCUGAGCCGACCAAGCAAACCCCUAUAACAAAAGACGGGUUCCACAUGGUUCAUCAGGUCAACUUCUUAUCCCAUGUACUGCUGACCCUUCGACUCCUACCAUCUCUAGCUCGCAGUGCCGAGCCGAGAGUUAUCUGUACCACAUCAUGCUUCCACCAUCUAGGAAUCUUCGAUCUGGAACGCUUUAACAGUGAAGAGGGCAGCAGGGGUAACGCUUAUCGGAACAAUAAGCUUUACUACCAAAUGUGGGUUGUAGAGCUGCAGUCCCGACUCCUCAAAAACCCCGAGUACCUCCACAUCACAGUCAAUGGCAUCCAUCCUGGCUUUGUGGCUUCGGGUAUAUGGGAUGGUCUUGAGGAUGCGGGCAAUGCGCCAAGUGGACUGAGCUUGGUUUUGCGCUAUGUCGCCAUCACGUCGCAACAGGGUGGGUUGGCUAUUGUGAAUGCGGCUACUAGUCCAGAAUUUGGGCCAGAUCCUAAGAAGCAGGGUGUUGGCGCACAAACUGGGCGUGGCGGAGGGAAAUAUAUCAAUCGGAUCUGGGAAGGGCCUAUGAAAGCAUAUUGUAAUGAUUCAGAAGCUAGAUCGAGAUUGUGGAUCAAACUGGAUGAGGAGCUGGGUUUACAAGAGAAGGGCCUCCUGACGGGGUUGGGUCUUUGA